UCUCGAAAAUUGCUUUCGAUUCGAACCACAGACUGUUUUCGCCCUCCACAUCCAUUUGAAAAUGGCUACAGCAAGCUCUAGUAACGAUGUGUGUGAAUGGCAGCUCACUAAGAACACAGUCAGCGAGCGAAUCAAGCACAUGUACGGAAACCCGCUCAUGGCCGAUGUAUACUUCACUGUCGCAGAUGGGCAAGGAAGUUCUUCUCGUAAAGUUAACAUCCCUUGUCACAAAUUUAUCCUGGCUGUCAGUAGCCCUGUUUUCUAUAAGAUGUUCUACGGUGACCUUAAAGAACCUUCUGAAUAUAUCGAUCUCCCAGACUGCGAUCUAGAGGGAUUUCAUGAGUUCUUACGUUUCAUCUAUUACGAUGAGGUCAAAUUGACAGGAGAUUGUGUUAUCCAAGUGCUCUAUUUGGCCAAAAAGUACAUGAUUCCGUCGCUAGCAGACCGGUGUAGAAGUUUCUUAGAGAAAAAUAUCAACGCUGAAAAUGUCUUGGAUUUACUGCCGCUUAUAGAAAAAAUGGAGGAGGUCCAUUUGAAAAGUGUUUGCUGGAAAGUUAUUGAUACACGUACAGAGAAGGUCCUAGAGUCUGCCUCAGAUGCAAUCCAAGACGACAACAGUCUUCUGGUUUCCAUAUUAAAAAGAGAUACUCUUGAUAUCAAGGAGGUGAAAGUUUUUCAAGCUGUAAAUCGCUGGGCAGAGACUAUCUGCGAAAAACGAGGAAAAACACCCACUGGAAAGGAAAAAAGGACAAUUAUCGGAGAAGAGCUUGUGAAACUGAUACGUUUCCCGCUAAUGUCUCAGAGCGAAUUUGCUGAACAUGUCGCUGAAACCAAAAUACUCAAAAAAACCGAGGUUAUUGAAAUCUUCCUGUACUUCAGCUUAAAUCGGAAUCCUGGGAAGUUCUCUUGCAUCCCAAGGUGUUUAAACAGUAGAAAUCUUCGGUGUUGCAAUAGAACUUCGGAUAUCUUUGGUUGGCCACCUAGUUUGCCUCUUGCCUCUGAAGAGUUUACUGAGUCCAUCUCUUUUUCUGUCGAUUUUCCAAUUUUACUGGGAGGAGUUGCUAUCACUGGGGAGCCAGGAAAGAAAUAUACAGUAAAACUUGAACUCAACGGUAAAGUUGUCUCGGAGGGUCGUUUCCAAAGCGAAGAUAGAGGGGUGAGUGGGAACCAUCCCGGAUUUUACAUUUUUUUUGAGCAAUACCACUUGCUGAAUCCCGAUGUACCCUGCAUCCUUGAAGCUUCAAUAAAAGGACAACGACUAGAUUGUGAGUUUCAGGAUAAGAGGGAGCUGGUUAUAGAUAGAGUUGCUUUUCGAUUCGCCGGCCCAGCUUCCCAGAGUGGAUUUAUAUAUAUUAUAGAAAUUCUUUUUAGACGCUUACAGAACAAUUAGCCUAUAGAAUUUCAUUCAAGUGAGCAUGUUUUAUCAAAAGAAAUGUAGUCACGUAGUUCAUCAUUGAGUUUCUAGACACGAGAAAGUCAAUCCUGUACCUGCCCGAUUAUGAGCACAUAUGGCUGGCAAAUAGUCGUGUCUUAACAAAUCUACAUCAUUAUUGUUCUUUUUUUUCUAAACUUUCUAUAAUUCCAUCCAUCUCUUUGACCAAGGAGGGUAUGCCUGGUCGAGGCUGACUUUUAACCGGUCAGAGUGGAUUUUACGCACCGUUACUCUGAUUGCUAUAUUUUAUCUUUCCCUGUAAUAAUGGAGUACAGAGCAACCACGUUGCAGUAUUUCUUUUCAGUGACAGAUAAGAGAUGACGUCAAAAUGUGGUACUGAAGAACAAAAAUGGUGGCACACGAGGCACUGCCCGGUGUGUCACUGAUGUUCUUACCACACUUUGACGUCUUCUGCGAUCUAUUACUGUACAUGCACAUUCCGGCAACUUGGAAACUUUUUUUUUUAUCUGAUAACAAAGCAAAGUGUUGUUAGUCGUGACGUCAUCGAUUCGUCUGUUCUUCAAUAGAUCACGUGUAAGAACCAAUCAAAUGUAAUUUAGCUUCUUAUAUAAGCUGCUGUGCUAAAACGGAGAACUUAUGCAUUAAUGUCACUGUAUUUUAUAGACUUUGUGAAACACUAUUCCUGUACUAUACUUAAAAACUGAUUUUACAGUUGAGAAGUAACUUAGAAAUAUAUACAUAAAAAUACAAGGCAUGAUAAAAUAUUUCAACAGGAGUAGAGAUCAAUAACUUGCAACAAUGUUGCUUACAAA